GUGAAAAUGAAUAAGAAUGCCCGUUGCUACUUUGUAAUGAGCACGCUUUUUACUCUACUCAUCAUAGCUGUUAUUGUGAACAUUGAUUUACUUUUUUGGAUAGUUCUAUGCGCUUUCCUUCUUGUUGUAGCCAUUUUCUUUUAUAGAAGAUUUAAAAAUGGGUUCCAGCAAGUUGAGGAAGAUAAUUAUCUUGACAACAUGCUGAAAAUGCCAACUAGAUUCUCUUAUGAAGACUUGAAGAACAUCACCAAGAAUUUUAGCAACAAGCUUGGUGAAGGUGGAUUCGGGUCUGUUUGUCAAGGAACAUUGCCUACGGGUUCUGAAGUUGCAGUGAAGCAUCUUUUUUACGUCGGUCCAAUUAAUAAGUCCUUCAUUUCGGAAGUUCAGACGAUUGGAAACCUCAACCAUUUCAAUUUGGUAAGUUUGGUUGGAUUUUGUGCUGAAAAAUUCAAUAGGUUUAUAGUUUAUGAGUUCAUGGUUAAUGGGUCGCUAGAUCAAUGGAUCUUCAAAACCAACCAACAACUUGCACUUGCUUGGCAAGUUAGAAAGAAGAUCAUUUUAGAUAUAGCCAAAGGACUUGCUUAUCUUCACGAAGAUUGCAACCAAAAGAUAAUUCACUUAGACAUUAAACCUCAAAAUAUCCUUUUAGAUGUUAAUUUCAAUGCCAAAAUUUCAGAUUUUGGAUUAUCUAAGCUAAUUGAAAGAGACCAAAGUCAAGUCAUUACACGUAUGAGGGGAACCCCGGGUUAUAUGGCUCCCGAAUGGCUAAGUUCAGUCAUAACUGAGAAAGUAGAUGUCUAUAGCUUCGGUAUUGUGGUCUUAGAAAUUCUUUGCGGGCGACAAAACAUCGACGAGUCUCAACUAGAUGAAAAUAGGCAUUUACUGGAACUUUUUAGGAGAAAGCAAGAGGAGGGGAAACUCUUGGAUUUAGUCGAUGAGUGCAACGGUGAUAUGCAUUCCAAUGCAACCGAAGUCAUGGAGAUGAUGAAGAUUGUUGCAUCGUGCUUGCAAACUGAACAUGCCAACAGGCCUUCCAUGUCCUCACUUGUGAAGCUUUUUGAAGGUUCAGUUGAUGUUGUAAUUAACAUGGACGAAGAUUCUCAAAAUGAAUUAACAUUAGAAGUGGAAGUGGAGAGUUUAGCUUCAACAGUUGCAGACUCUGUGUUAUCUGGACCAAGGUGAUGAUGUAGACACAAAGGAGAUGUUGGAAGAUUGCAUGCAAACUGGGGUAUGGUCCCACUUUUAACUUAUCCGAUAUACUACUUUUAUUACCAAAGUCACGUACUUGUCUUCAUCCUUAAUCUGUGGGUCCAAUAAAGUGUAAGUUAGUCAACAGGAAGACUCAAAGGUAGUUGAAACAUCGUCUCCUUUCCUUGUUGAAAUAUAUAAGACUUUUUGGCCAUUAUUGCUUUAUGGCUGCGUUUGAGUAAUAAUAUAUAAUAUUG